CACCCCCGUAAGAUGUCUGCCUCCGUACCCGAGAAGCGUAGAGACCGCGCCCUCACGCCUGUCCAGCAGGCGCUCGUGGCGCUCAACCUCGUGGUGCGCACGUACUGUGCGUUCCACAUGAUCAUCUCCGACUGUGACGAGACCUUCAACUAUUGGGAACCGCUCAAUUUUCUACUUCGUGGGUUUGGUAAACAGACCUGGGAGUAUUCCCCCGAGCAUGCUAUCCGGUCGUACGCGUACUUGCUCCCGUACUACGUGAUGGGGUACUUAUUCCCCUGGCUGGGAACCUCUGGAGCCGUGGGCCCGGCAACCUUUUAUGCCAUUAGAAUCGUCGGAUUGUGUGGAUGGACCGCCUACACCGAGUACAAGUUGUUCCGCAGUGUGGUCAGUAGCUUGGGAGAUGGUCCAGGGAAUUGGUUUUAUUUGUUCCUGACCGUUUCUCCGGGCAUGAGCCAUGCUGGAGUGGCCUUGUUGCCUUCGUCAUGGGCAAUGAAUUGGGUGACAUUAGCCACCCUGACCAGUCUAAAAACACUGACCAGCUUGCUGGGAAGUGUGGUUGAGAGAGACCUGAAUAGUAAGCUGGAGCUGACCAGAAAUCUGGAGCUGACCAGAAAGCUGGAGCUGACCAGAAAGCUGGCACUGACUGGCAAGCUGGCACUGACCAGAAAGCCGGCACUGACCAGAAAGCCGGCCCAGACCAGCAAGCUGGCCCUGGAGCUGACACUUGUCUGGUUGACCAGUCUAACCAUUUGUCAAUUCCUAAUUUCUGGAAUCCUUGGUUGGCCAUUUGCCCUCUCUCUCUCCAUCCCCUUUCUUCUCUUUACUCUCUACCAACACCCUCCCUGGACACCAAUCUUCCAUCGAAUUUUCCUUCUCUCCGCCUUCUUCCUUGCCAUCAUCCUUGCCUAUGUCAUCACCAUCGACUCGUUCUUCUACCGCAAACUUGUCCUUGUGCCCAUGAACAUUGUUCUCUACAAUGUCUUUGGUGGUGAAGGUGAAGGUCCAGAGAUCUUUGGUGUCGAAGACUUCUCCUAUUACCCCUUGAACCUUCUUCUUAAUUUCAAUGUGGUUGCAAUCUUGGCGUUCCUUGCGCCUCCCGUGGUGCUUGUCAUCAUUGGGUACUCCACCACCACCACCAUUCCUCGUCAUUUGGUUGGACUUACCGUGACAUCCAUCUUCCCCAUGAUUCUUUGGCUGAUGAUUUUCGGCUCUCAACCUCAUAAGGAGGAACGGUUCUUAUACCCAAUCUACCCAUACAUCUGUUUGAAUGCAGGGUAUCUCAUGAGCUUGCUCGUACAGGUGACUACCGCCGUGGUGCACAAGGGUGCUCGUUCCACCGGCUUGUCCAUCCCAAGACAAUGGACAAGGUUGUUGGUGACCAUUGUUCCAGGGGGAUUGAUUGUUUUGGUUUCCUUCUUGAGGAUUUUCAGUCUUGUAGAGAAUUAUUCUGGUCCUUUGAAGUUGUAUGGAGAGCUCUAUGAAAGUGCCUUCUCCACUGGCGUAGCCGCUGGUACGGGCACUAGCACUGACACUGGCUCCAGUGCUAGCACCAGCUCCAGCACUGGUCCAGCUGAUGCUAGCAUCAACGUGUGCACCGGUCGAGAAUGGUACCAUUACCCCAACUCGUUCUUCCUCCCGGACAACUUCCGACUUCGAUUUGUCCAGAGUGGCUUUGACGGGCUUCUUCCCGGGGACUUUCUCGAGCUGCCAGGACUCUCCGUCUUUGACGUUUCGUCGUCGAUCCCACACGACAUGAACAACAAGAACCAAUGGUCUUCGAGCAAGAUCGUCCCGUUCUCGGACUGUCAUUACUACGUGGACAACAACCUCGUGGCGGACGUCGAGGUGGGCGAACAGCAAGUCGUUGUGGACAACGACGACUGGGAACGCGUCUCAUGUGCUCCCUUGAUCCGAAUGGACGGGGACAGCUCGACCUUGGGCAGACUUCUCUGGAUCCCACGUCCCUUGAGACGUUUCUUCCCCUACCACGUCGACUACUUGGACUUUUGUUUGAUGAAGCGGAAGCAGAGUGGCCAGGCGGAGGAGAAGGAGUCCCAUCAGGACUCGUAGGGAGUCCUCAGGGCUGGGCUCGGCUUGCAACUCCCGCCCCGGAGCGCAGGCAACUACUCGCUUCCCUGCGGGACUUGCAAGCCGCUCCGCUGGCCCCUGCUCGGGGAGAGCCACUGGCGUGGGGC